UGUUAUCCCUAUGUGUCCAUCCCCGGCGUGUUAUCCUAUGUGUCCAUCCCCGGCGUGUUAUCCUAUGUGUCCAUCCCCAGCAUGUGUAUCCUAUGUGUCCAUCCCCAGCGUGUUAUCCAACGUGUCCAUCCCCGGCAUGUUAUCCUAUGUGUCCAUCCCCGGCAUGUUAUCCUAUGUGUCCAUCCCCGGCAUGUUAUCCUACGUGUCCAUCCCCGGCAUGUUAUCCUAUGUGUCCAUCCCCGGCGUGUUAUCCUAUGUGUCCAUCCCCGGCAUGUUAUCCUAUGUGUCCAUCCCCGGCAUGGGCGGACUGACAACUCAUGGGGCCCCAGGCAAU